UCACAUCUCUCCUCAGAGGACACAUCACAACCUCAGCAGCUUUGACUUAGGAGACAUUGCAGUACCGUCUCAAAAAGUAAUUAUGUGGGUUCUUGAGAAGAUCAGAGAGAGCAUGGAGAAUAUUCCACAUUACAUGGAGAAGAAUGGAGAGGAUCAUUUUGGUUCUUCUACAAGCAGUACUUCUUACAGUUUACACAGCAACAUCAUCACUCCAGAUAAGAUCCCAGAGUUCUGCUUGCCACCACGACUCUGCAAGAGAAGCCCACUUCAAGGAAAUGAGACAACCCCGACUUUCCUGUCCAGUCAGAACUGGACACAACAGAGUAACACUCACCGCACAACAGACAUCAUGCAAGAAAAAAUGAAGGAUAGAAAGGCAAAAAAUCAGGAUCCAGUUGUUGAUUGGAAGGCUGUGAAGAAACCGUUGCCAUUUUCUGCUGCAGGAUAUGGCCUGGCUGGCAUAUAUGAGAGUCCCAACACUCGAAGAAAAGAGUCUUUGUUCCACGCAAAGUGCCCUGCUUACGUGUUUGACAGAAGAACUCCUAUUGCAACACCCAGGCCAGCAAAUGAGACAAACCUGCCCAAGAAACACUCACCUUUAUCUGGGUUUUUCCCUCGGUUUUCACAUAAGAGCCUAUCAGAAACUGAAAGCACCGAGAGUGAAACACCUUCUUCUAGUGACUCCUCUCCCCUCAGUUCCCCUUACAGCUCUAAAUCUUCACUCAACCCUCCAUGUGGCACUGGCAGACUUAAAGGAGCAACUUCUUGUCCUUCAUUAUUUGGGAGUUUGCAGGAAAAUAGUAGAGAGAAGAGAGGGCCUUCGAGGUUAUCUUCCUCUACCAGUAACCCUCAGAGUUUACAGGAAAGCUCACUCACCCUGAGCCCACCCAUCACCUCCCCACUGGACAUUCUGCAGUGCCAGGAGCGACUUCAGCGUGAGCAUGUUCUCCCCUUGGAGGGCCGAGGCAAGGUUCGCCUCUCUGCUGAACGCACUACGUUCUCCACCAACUCGCUCUACACCAUCAGAGUACGUGUCGUGUCUGUGGAAGGCCUUCAAGAGGAGACUGACCGACGGACCCUGAACUGUGCUGUGAGUGUGUGUCUGAUGCCAGGGAAAGUACAGCAGCAGGUCAGCGCCACCAUCAGGAACUGCCGCAGCCCUGUGUUUAAUGAAGACUUCUUCUUCACAGAACUUAGUCAGGAGAACCUGCUGGAACUGAAACUCAGGCUGAAAGUGCUUGAUAAACCUGCAGCUGGGUCACUGAGGAGGGGGAUGGCGGUGGGAGUAAUUACAAAACCACUGUCUCACCUUCUCCCUCUAAAAAAAUAUUAG